AUGUCGUCUUCUGAGGUCCAUGAUGCAGACCCUAUCGUGAUCUGUGGCAUGGCCAUAAGGUUGCCGGGUGGCGUCAAGAACACCCAAGACUUCUGGGACCUUAUGAUCAACAAGAAAAGCGGCCUCAUUCCCAUACCAAAGGAGCGAUGGAAUCUCGAGGGAUUUUACAGCUCUGUUCCUAGAUGGGGUACCAUCCAGAACAAGGAAUGCUACAUGUUCGACGAUCGAGACCUGGCUAAGUUCGAUGCUUCCUACUUCUCGUGUGGCGAAAAAGAGAUCGAGCGAAUGGACCCUAUGCAGCGUCAGCUGCUCGAAAUCACGCGCGAGUGCCUUGACAACGCCGGCGAGACUAACUGGCGGGGUACCCAUUCCCAUCCCAAAUCCAUGUUGAUUAAAACGGGUUGCUCGUCUUCCAUGGUCGCCCUCCACCUUGCCGCCGAAGCUGUUCAGAACGGCACGUGUAAAUCUGCGAUGGCGCUGGGCUGCAACCUCAUCACCUCGGUUAUCACGUCCAUCGUCUUUACAGAGACCGGCGUUCUCUCGCCCAGCGGCAAGUGUAAAACGUUUGACCUGCUCGCAGACGGAUACGGUCGAGGCGAAGCCGUCAACGCAGUCUUUGUCAAGAAGCUCAGCGAUGCGCUUAGAGACGGGAACCCCGUCCGGGCAGUCAUACGGUCUAGUGGAACGAACAACGACGGUCGGUCCAACGGAAUCAUGAACCCUAACACGUACCUCCAGGAGGCCCUCAUCCGACAGACUUACGAGAAGGCUGGAAUUACUGACUACUCAAAAACGGCCUUCUUCGAAUGCCACGGUACGGGCACGCCAACUGGUGACCCUCUUGAGGUCGCAGCGGUGGCAAGAAUCUGGAAAGAUCACGGCGGUGUCAAGAUUGGCGCGGUCAAGCCGAACGUUGGGCACUCAGAGGGUGCGGCAGGCCUCACUAGUAUCAUCAAAGGCGUUCUUACCCUCGAGCAUAGGGUCAUCCCUCCCAAUAUCUAUAUGGAAAACCCCAACCCAAGAAUUCCCUGGGAGGAAGCAAAACUUAGUGUCCCAACCGAGGCUGAGCCAUGGCCUCGAGGCAAAGAUGAGAGGGUCAGCGUCAACUCUUUCGGAGUGGCAGGAUCCAAUGCACACGUCAUCCUGGAAUCCUACGCGGGCUGGUUAGGACGGAGAAAGGCACGAUCCGAGUCGCCGACUGCUAGUGAGGACUCAGGUAUAGACGUCCAGGCACCAGGCCCACGGCUCUUGCUGUUUUCCGCAAGUCACAUGAACUCGCUCAAGGAACAGGUAGAGCGGCAUCAGAAGUACCUGCAGGCGGAGGGAGCAGACCUGGACAACCUGGCCUACACGCUGGGCAUCCAUCGAGACCAUCUCAACUGUCGAGCCUACGCUAUCGUGGAUGAUGACGGGAAAGCAUCGUUUGAAACCAGUGCUUUCCACCGAAAGCCCGCAACCUCUCCACGGACCGUCUUUGUGUUUACAGGGCAGGGCGUGCACUGGGCGGGAAUGGGCAAAGCCCUCUUGAAGACGAACAAGGUCUUUGGGGAUUCAAUCCGGAAGAUGGACCGAUGGCUUCGGUCCCUGCCUGAAGAGCACAAGCCAGACUGGACCAUCAGGGCUGAGCUCCUCAAAGAUGCCGAGUCUACCAGGCUCGGUCACCGAGGCUUCUCUCACCCGUGCGCCACGGCAAUUCAAAUCGCCCUGGUGGACCUUCUUGGCAGCUUGGGAAUCCGCCCUGAGGCCGUAACAGGCCACUCUGGCGGAGAAGCCGCGGCAGCAUACGCUGCUGGCAGUAUCAGCGCCGAGGCUGCCAUGGCCGUGGCCUACUUCCGGGGCUGGAUCCUGAUCAACGACAAAGCCGUGCCGCCGGGCACCAUGGCCGCUGUUGGCCUAGGGGCCAAGGACGUUACACCAUUUUUGAUCCCUGGCGUCGUGAUCGGCUGCGAGAACAGUCCGGUCAACACCACACUGUCGGGAGAUCCGGUGUGUAUCCAGCACUGCGUCGACCAGAUCCAGCGGCGCCAUCCUGAUGUCACUGCAUCGGUGCUUAAGCUCGAGACUUCUUUCCACAGUCCCUGGAUCGAGCCCCUGGGCGAGCCGUACGAGGAGUUACUGAGGCCAUAUCUGAAAGAUGCCAAAGCACCAUCGAUACCCCAUUUCUCCUCCGUUACAGGCAAGGAGAUGACCGGUGACGAGUUUGGCGCGGAAUAUUUCCGCAGGAACUUUGUACAAACCGUGCUCUUCAACACAGCCAUGAAGACACUCCUGCAAAGCAACUCGAAUAAUCUCUUCAUCGAGGUUGGCCCCCAUCCGGCAUUGCAGGCACCGGUCAAGGAAAUCUUCCGCGAUUACCCUGAGGCGGAUCAUGAAUACAUUGCCACGCUGCGCCGAGGCGAGGAUCAAAACUUGUUCCUGCAUCGCCUGGCCGGCGAGCUAUUCACACGCGGCUUGUCCCCAGAUCUGAAACCUGUGAUUCCAACAGGGGUUGUUCUGACCGACCUUCCCACCUACCCCUGGCUUCACGACAAGACUUACUUUGACGAGCCACGCAACCCAUCUCGUUACAAGGCGAGGAGGUACCCUCGACACGACCUUCUUGGAGCCCGCGUGGUCGAGGGAAAUGACAUUGAGCCCGCAUGGAGGAACAUGCUGGACUUGAAGGAGGCGGCCUGGUUGCAAGACCAUGUUGUGAAUGGUCAGGUGACUAAGAAGAUGGAGCUCUACACACGCCUCAUUCCUCAAGACACAAAGGGAGACGAUGGGAAGCAGUGGUAUGACUUCAAAGUCAUGUCCUGCGACGGGCAGCACUGGGUGUCACACUGCAGCGGGCUCAUCCGCUCCGGAGCAGACGCCGACAUGUCAACAGUGACCAGUUCCCAGGCCGAAAUGGAGUUCCCCAGACACGUCCCCUCUGAAGGAUGGUACAGCUCGGUUAGGAAGUUGGGCAUCGAGUGGCGUACGGCGUUCCAGGGUCUCGAGGACAUCACCGCCGACACCGUGACUCGGCAGGCGUCCGCAACGGUCUAUGACUUUGACGACACGACCCGCUACGCGGCGCAUCCAACGCUACUAGACCAGAUGCUCCAGACAAACCUUAUUGCCAUGACCCAUGGGCUGAGGCGGCGCCUUGACAACAUCGUGCUGCCCACGUGCAUCGGACGGCUGGCGGUGUUGGGGAGCCAGGACCUCAGAAUGCGAGUAUACGGAGCAAUCGAUGACAACCCUUGUGGCAAGAUCACCGCCCGCUCCGCCAUCUAUACCGAUGAGGGUCGCUUGACAGUGUAUAUGGACAACCUGGAGUUCGGGGUGCUCCCGGUUGGCAGGAAGGAAGAGCCGCUGCUCGGGUCGUACUUUGAGUGGCGCAAAGACAUCACCCUCCUGGACUCGGUGGAACAGGUCGACCCAGGCGAGUCUCGAGUUGCAGGCGCUGAUGCCUCCACCACCCAUAGGGAAGACUUCAAAGACAUUAUCCAUCACCUUGGGUUCAAGAUCCCCGAUGCGCGGGUCUUGGAGAUCGGAACAGGCGGCACAGAUUGGACGCGCUUAGCCCUUGACGCCUUGCACCCUGCGCCCAAUCGCCGGUUCUACUCUGGAUAUACAUACGCCAGUGUAUCUGACACAGCCGUCGACCGGGUCUCCAAGGCUUUUGAAGAAGCAGAUACAGAAGUUCCGGACUUCAGCGUCGGCGGGAUGGAGCAAGUUUCCCUCAGCGAUGGCGCCGACCUUGUGAUCGUGCCGGCACCGACGCUGGCCACCGAUGAUGACUUCGUCUUGGAUGAGCUUGAGGCACUGAAGAACAUUGUCCACGCUGGAGGGAGGAUCGUCGUCUACAGCCCUAAGAUCAAGAACACAGACGCAGUCCCAGAGACGGUCGAGACGGCCUCUCGGCAGCUCAAGAACCUGGGCUUUAGCGUCCAUUCUCACUCCAAGACAGGUGUAAUCGUCGCACAAGCACAACUAAAGACACAGCCGAAAGAGACUGUUACAGUCCUGUCGGGACAGUCAGCCGAAAGCAAGUCACUCGCGGACCAAGUCAAAACGCACUUCGAGGAGAAGGGCUCUUCCGUCAGACUCUCCCAUGAACAGACAGUUCCGAAUGACAGCCAAGUCGUCAUCUCUCUUCUCGACCUUCAGGAUACAACCAACACAGUGCAUGCGCUGGAUUCCAGCACAUUCAGGCCUUUCAUAGACAGCCUCUGCAACUUUUCGGGAUCUCUGAUCUGGGCCCUUCCAAGCGUUCAUUCCUCCUGCACCAAACCCCACGCCGCAAUGAUCCAGGGCCUUGCCAGAACGGUCCGCAUGGAGUACAAGGUUGACAUAACACUCGUUGAGAUCGACCAAGCCUCCACGGCCCGGCCAGAUUUUGCCAAGCCCAUCUGGAAGAUCUGCGAAGGUCUCGACAAGAGGCGAAAGGGGGGCGAUGUCGAUGCAGACUACGACUUUGCCAUUGUGGGAGGCGUAGUCCAGAUCCCCCGAAUGCAAUGGUUUGACUUCAAGGACCCGAUGUUGGGCGAUGCCAUCCCAGCCUCCGCAACAGCGCCGAUUUUUAGGCAGGAUGUUUCGUAUCUCCUCGUCGGCGGCUUUGGUGGUCUGGGCCGCUCGGUCGCCACGUGGAUGGUUGAACAUGGCGCACGGAGUCUUGUGUUCCUUUCGAGAUCUGCGGCUAGUCCUGACAACGAGCAGUUCGUCAAGGAGCUCGAGGGAUACCCCGGCUGCACUGUGACGACCGUUUCUGGGGAUGUCAGCAGGAACGAGGACGUCUUGAGGACCAUCAAGGCUGCACCAAAGCCCCUUGCGGGCGUCUUACAACUUUCUCUAGUGCUCAGGGAUAAUGCAACCAAAUCCAUGACGUUUGAAGAAUGGGGCGACGUUGUCCGGCCACGAGUGGACGGCACGUGGAAUAUCCAUCGGUCACUUAUCGACGCCAAGGCGCAACUGGACUUCUUCAUUGUCUUUGGCUCUGGUGGUGGCCACACAGGGUAUUACGGCCAGGCCAACUACACGGCUGCCAACACAUAUCUGGACGCCUUCGUUGAGCACCGCCAUAACCUCGGCCUCCCCGCCUCCAUCAUCGACUUGGGCGUAGUCGGCGAUGUCGGGUACCUACUGGAGCAGGAGCACCUGUUUGAAGGCUUCAAGAACGGCGGCUUCUACUUCUUGACGGAGCAGCAGGUGCUCGACGCAGCCGCCAUCUCGGUGGCAAACUCACGCGGCGGACCACUGCGCAGCUUCUGCCUCGGAGGGCUGUCAGAGAAGCCGAUGAAUGACCCGACCAACAGGGUAAACUGGAAGCGCGACGUGCGGUUCGCGGUGUCUCACCACUUCCACCGCUCCAAAGACUCUUCAGACGCAGCCGACCAGGGCGGCAAGGACGGCGACGAGGCCGAGCGAUUCCUGGCCCUCGCCAGGACGGACCCGGAACAGCUGCGCGAUGCGGUCACCAUCAGCAGCCUGGCCAAGUUUAUUGCCGCGGCCCUGGGCAGUCUGAUGCUGAGGCCGGUCGAGGACUUUUCGCUGACGGAAAAUCUGACGGCCAUUGGGCUGGACUCGAUCAUCUCUAUCGAGCUGGUGGACUGGAUACAGCAGAAGUUCCAUGUCGGCCUCAGCUCGAUGGAAAUCACGUCCUGCACCUCUCUUUUGCACUUGGCGGAGAAAAUCAUUGGCGAGUUAACCAAGGCUUGA